AGUAGAAUUGAUUUCAAAUAAAUUUACUGCUUCAGCAAAUGUAAAUGAAUGCUGAGUUUCAUAGCAAAAGACCAUGAACUUUAAUAAUGUUGCCAAGACAGUCUAGUGGUCAGUGCAAUCUGGCUAGUUAAUGCCGGAUUGCAGACUCAAGGUUUGCCCAUUCUUUAAAAAUAGAAAAAACUGAAAUGACAUUAGCAACUACAGUAUAAUGUACUUGUCAAACUUCACCUUGAAUAUGCUGUUUAUCUUUGUUGCCCAAAUUACAUAAAAGAUGUGAUAAGCUGAAGAGGGUGAAGAGAAGGUCAACAAAUCCAAAACUUAAGAUAGUAUAUUUUUUAUUGUUUAUGCCAGGGAGGUUCCUUGAUGGUUUAGGGGCUCUUGAUUUAAGUAAUUCUCCCUGUGCUUCAGUUCCUUGAAUUGAGCCUGAAUGCUUUCCAUAAUUCUUUUUAAACUUCUGAUUGGUAAUUACACACACAUGCAUUAUUGCACAGCCCCUGUGCCUAUGCUAAGAUUCUGACCUUUGUCUACCAUAUAUACAAACUGUUUAGCUGUCUUCUCUUUUCUUAUUCCCUUCUAUCUUUCACCUUACUUUCAAUUCAAUUUUUUUUUUUUCUGUUUAUAUCCAUCUCUUCAUUUCAUUCAUGUAUGGUCUUCCCUUCAUCACACUCUUGUCCCCUCUACUGCACUGCCUUGAUGAUAACACUGUUUUCCAACCUCUGUCUUCCUCAUUUUUUUAUUCCUUACCCUCUUGUUUAUCGUACUGUAUUACAUUAUGUAAAUGUACCUUUUUGUUGUUUAUAUUUUCUCUUACUAGGUGUUCCUUCAUUGUUAUAAUGACUUAGUGUAGGAAGCAGUACAUGUAUUUCAGAUUUUAGGAAAGCAUUGUAAGUGUUUUAAAAAGCAGAGUUGAGCCUUGUAGGAAAAGUACAUAAAAGUGAGAACUGUGUGCAAGUGGUAGAGGUGCUGAUUUCCCAUCAUGCGAGAACAGGGAUCUUCAUCCCACCACUUUGAUGGAGCACAGUUCACGUCGACUACAAGUUCUCCUGCAACCACACCUCCAGUCACGACAACUCCUCAGAAUCAGUCUUUCUCUCGAAACAAAAGAAAACAUACUGUGGUCUUUAAGUAUUGUGAGGAGAUGAAUGAGCUUAAUGAGGCAGCUAAUAACCGACCUCGAAGUGCUUUGAUACACUCCAUCCAGCAGGAAAACAGACAUAUUCGACAACUCCAACAGGAAAACAAAGAGUUGCGCCUAGCACUUGAAGAACAUCAAAAUGUAAUGGAAUUGAUAAUGUCUAAAUACCGACAGCAAGUUGCUAAGCUGGUCACAGUCAACUCAAAGCAAACACAGCCCAAUACUCAGGAGCAAGCCAAGCUUGCAGCACAAAUUGAGAGAAUAAGUGAAAUGGUGGCAGUUAUGAGAAAAGCUGCAUCACUUGGAGAUGAUGAGAGUCAACAGCAGCAAAGACUCAUCACUGCUUUAGCUACUGAAAAUAAGGGUUUAAGGGAAAUGCUCAACAUUGCCAGCCGUUCUGGUUCCAUUCUUCCUGCUGCUUGUUCAGUUGAUGCAGGCACACAGACUGAACAAGAUUCAACAAAGGUUGAAGAACAAAGUCAACCUAUAGAACAAGAUGGUGUUAACCCUAAAAAUCUACCAAAAGAGGAGAACAAAUCGUUAGAAUCUCAUGAGACUACAGUGUCAUGAUAAUAACUAAGAAUAUAUAAUGGCUUUUUUCUAAUGCUUGUCCCUCUCUUAUGUUUAGAGGGACAAGAAUGCUGUCUUUAAACUUAUUGUGGUAAGCAAAUUGCUAGCAUUGGAAACAGUAUCUUUAAACUGAUAAAGCUGAGCAGCAAUUGAUCUUAUAGAUAUCGUAUGUAAAUGGACCUUAUAAUCUCAGUCAAGUGACCAGUGAAUUUUAUUAAUGAACUGAAAAUUAAGAGUGAUAUAUGACAGUAAUAUUUGAAAUAUUUUCAAGAUGUGCAUAUGUCAGUCUUAACAAGAGGUACAGACUACUACUAUAAAGCCAUUUACUUUAAUAUGAUUUAUUUUAGCAACUGUUCCUAUUAUAGGAUUGUUUUGAAAUGGAACAUACAUGCCAAGAUAAUAGCAGUAAUAAGGAUUUUUAAGCACAGUACAGUAUAUGUUUUUGAAAAUUAUUGUUAAGCUACAGACCUUGCAAGUGUUAACGCUAGAGUUUGAACCAAGUAGAUAGCUUAUAAUAUCAGACUAAAUCCCCCAUUGUUUAAGUUCACUAAUUAUUUAAUAUAGUCUUAAUUAGUCAAAUGAUUAAUUAGUCUGAAAGUGUGUUAUGCUGAGGACCAAGCGCUACAUCUAAUGUAUUUUGCUCUUAUAUCAUGAAUUGAUGUACCCUCAUGCUAACUUGCUGAUUUGGGUUUUUCAUUUGAAUAUAAAUCCUAGCCUUUAAAUAAUCAUUGGGUAUUAGUUGUCAAUUCAUUAAUGUUCACAUGACAAACUAUCAGCUAUGAUGAUGAGAUUGUC